AUGACAAGGACAAUGGGCGAAAAGAAGAACAUUGUUUACGUUAUUCCCUUGUCGGAAGCCGGAGAUCCGGUAUUAACAGGAGACGGCAAAUUUUUGAGAUUGCCAAUUCCCCACGAGCCAUAUGUUGUCCGAAUUGUUUUAUUUUCGUGGCUGAAGUUUGUGCAAAAGGGAUCAUUUUGGUGUAAUGCUCCAUUGGACCCAUCGACUCCAUUUGACAGACAUAAGUACUAUGAAUACCCGCUCAAAACGACUGAUUGCGGAUUCUCUGAGGACAUUCAUGUUGAUAUCAAAAUAUUCGCUGGUGGUCCUUACUCGUGUUACAUCACAUACAAGCCACCAUCUGAGGACUACUUCUCUCAUGUUGAUUCAAAUGCAGUCAAUGGCCAACGAGCUGUCACUGCCGCCAAUGGCGUCGAUCCUGAGAUUAUUACGUCAACCAAGAAGUUCCACUUCAUUGUUUCAACUGGAUUUUCUUUGGGAGGAAAACCAAUUGAGCUUGACUCUUUAUCCAUUCAGACAGUCUUGUCCAAAUUAAUGGGUCCUGUCAAUACAUGGGGGCCGAAGCUUAAGGCCAUUAAAGACAAGGGAUAUAACAUGAUCCAUUUCACUCCGUUGCAAUACAGAGGAGCAUCUGAUUCACCCUUUUCUAUCUAUGACCAGCUUGACUGGGAUCCAAAAUGUUUCCCCAAUGGUGAAGAUGAUAUUGCACAACUGGUCUCGGACAUGGAACAUAAGUAUGGAUUAUUAUCGCUAACUGAUGUAGUACUCAAUCACACUGCACAUAACUCUGAUUGGUUGAGAUCUCACCCUGAGGUUGGAUACUCGGUUGAAACUGCCCCUCAUCUGAAACCUGCUUUAGAUCUCGACACCCAACUUCUUGAUUUCUCGGCUAAGUUGUCAGAACUGGGUCUUCCCGACUCUGUUGAGAGCACUGGUGAUUUAGACCGCAUUAUUGGUUCCCUAAAGGAUCAUGUAUUAGAGCCUAUUCGACUUUGGGAGUAUUAUGUUGUAGAUGUUCAGAAAACAUGCAAGGAUACUGUCGAUUUUAUUAACAACAAGGACAAGUUCGCGAAGGUCAUAGCUUCGCCUGUGCCUCAAGACGUUGUUGGUGAUCUACAAAAAUUGGCUAAGUUUGUUAAAGAGAAGGCCGCGCUCAAUUUUGAUAGAUUCGGUGAAGGAAGAUAUUUACGCGAGUUACACAUCCCUACUUUCGUAUCGAUUAUCAAAACUUUGUUUCCAGGAACCGGUACUACUUCUGCUGUCCAUUAUGAGGCUAAAAUCCGUCAAAUAGUUGACGAGAUUAACGAACCUUUGUACCAGGAGUAUGAUGACGAAGUGUCAGUUAUUACCAGCCAACUGUACAAUCGGGUGAAAUAUACUCGUCUUGAUGGAGAUGGUCCUAGGUUGGGCAAGAUCACUAAAGAAUCUCCAUUAACAGACCCAUACUUUACUCGUAUUGUUACCCACCCUGAAGCACCAGGUGGAAAGCGAAACCUUGCUUUAGUUAAUAAUGGAUGGAUCUGGAGUGGCAACCCUCUGAUUGACUUUGCCAGCAACAAGUCCAGAGCUUACCUCCGCCGUGAAGUCAUUAUUUGGGGAGACUGCGUCAAGUUGAGAUAUGGUGAAAAGCACGAGGACUCGCCUUUUUUGUGGGACCACAUGAAGAAGUAUGCUCAGUUAUUGGCCAAGUAUUUCCACGGCUUCCGUAUUGAUAACUGUCACUCAACUCCUAUUCAUGUAGGGGAGUACUUCCUCGAUAUGGCCCGUCUUGUACGUCCAAAUCUUUACACAGUUGCAGAGCUCUUCACCGGUUCGGAGGAAAUGGACAAAAUCUUUAUUGAGCGUCUUGGACUAACUUCCUUGAUCCGUGAAGCUAUGCAGGCUUGGUCAGUACAAGAACUUUCUACUUUGGUUAAUAAGAAUGGUGGCAGACCAAUGGGUUCUUUUGCUAAACAACCACUCGUCAACCACGGUGAGAGAUGGUCCUCAAACGAAGAGGUACAUCUCGUUCGAGCAUCUCCUAUUCACGCUUGGUUCAUGGACUGCACCCAUGAUAAUGAAAGUGCAGCAGAAAAGCGAACUGUUGAAGACACAUUGCCAUCAGGUGCUCUGGUUGCCAUGUGUGCUUGUGCUGUAGGAUCUACAGUUGGCUUUGAUGAAUGUUAUCCGAAAUCUUUGAAUGUUGUCACAGAAGAGAGACAAUAUACAUUUGGUGGUGGAAUUUCCGAAAUCAAAAAGGUUCUCAAUGAUGCUCACUUUGAAAUGGGUCAACUAAAUGCCGAUGAAACAUAUACCCAUCACGAAGGACAAUAUAUUACUGUGCACAGAGUUGAUCCUAGCUCUGGUGAAGGCUAUUUCUUGAUUGCCAGAACAAAGUUUCACCCAGACUCUGAUCAGAGGCUCUCUGAUGUGGUAUUGAAAGGUACUCGUGCAGAAUGUGUAUUGGCCGUUGCAUUAGCCGUUGACGAUAGUAAGGAAGCUCAUAAUCAAGAUGACAAUAAGGUAUAUGGAAUUCCCACUAAGAUCGUUACUCUUGAGAAGCCACAUAUUGAUGUUGUCGAAGAAGAAGGUGAGACUACCAGUAUUAUCCGAUCUCCUCAUGACUUUCCACAAGGCUCGAUUGCUCUGAUUAAGACAUAUCAGACAUUUGUUGACAAGGAGCUGGAUAAUUUGGUAAGGAGUGGUGCUCGAGAGGCAGUGGAAAAACUGAAUUGGAAUGAUUUGAACGUUGCUCUGUACCGUUGUGAGAGCGAAGAACGUGACUCCAGUCGAGGUAAGGAAGGGGUUUACGUUGUGCCUGAUCAUGGUGCCCUGGAGUAUGCUGGUAUUCAGGGAUGGGCAUCAGUAUUAGAAGAGGUUGUUUUGUCAAAUAACCUGGGACAUCCACUUUGUGCCAAUUUGCGAAAUGGCAGAUGGGCGUUGGACUACACGGUUAACAGAUUGCGUAAUUACGUAGAUGAAUUUCCCAAUCUACAACCUCUGAUUGAGUGGUACGAAGUAAGGUUCAAUAGGAUCAGACAAUUGCCUCCAUUUUUGAUUCCGAGAUAUUUUGCAUUGAUCCUAUAUACAAUCCACUCAUCUUGCACCCGAAGAGCUCUUUCCCUUAUGCCUCAGUCAUACCAAAAAUCUACUUUGUUUUUACAGGAAUUAGCUAUGGUUUCUGUGCAGAUGGUAGGCAAGCUACCCAGCGCUUCAGUAUUCCCAUUCGAGCAGGUUGGUUCUAUGGCCGCAGGAUUGCCUCAUUUUUCACGAGAUUAUAUGAGAUGUUGGGGUAGAGAUGUAUUUAUCUCGUUACCAGGCCUGCUACUUGCGUUAGGUAGACAUGAAGACGCAAAAAACCACAUUUUGGCUUUUGCUGCAACUCUUAAACAUGGACUCAUCCCUAACUUACUUGACUCGGGAAGGAAUCCAAGAUACAACGCCCGUGAUGCGACCUGGUUCUUUUUACAGGUGGUACAGGAAUAUACUCAAAAGGUUCCUGAUGGCCAAGAUAUUCUAUUCGAAAAGGUAAAGAGAAGAUUCCCCCUCGAUGAUACCUAUGUGCCUGUAGACGAUUCUCGUGCUUUCUCACAUUCAUCCUCUAUAAAGGAAAUUGUUUAUGAGAUCCUCAGUCGCCAUGCCAAAGGUAUUAAAUUCCGCGAGGCUAAUGCUGGUACCAAUCUGGACUCUCAAAUGCGAGAUGAGGGUUUCAACCAGAAUAUCUUUGUAGACUGGGAUAAUGGAUUUGUGUUCGGUGGAAAUCAAUGGAACUGUGGCACAUGGAUGGAUAAGAUGGGUGAAAGUGAGAGAGCAGGUAGUAAAGGCAUACCUGGUACCCCUCGUGAUGGAGCAGCCAUUGAAAUCAUCGGUCUCCUGAAAAGCUCUCUUCGCUGGGUCAACCAGUUGCAUCGCAAGGGUGUUUUUGAAUGGGAUCAUGUUAUUAACCAACACGGUGAUAAGAUUAUGUUGAGGGACUGGGAAUACAAGAUAUCCAGUUCGUUCGAGCAUGCGUUUUAUGUUCCGGCAUCUGUUGAAGAAGAUUCCAGCUAUGAUAUUGACAGCAGCAUUGUUAACAGAAGAGGUAUUUACAAGGAUCUCUAUAGAUCUGGGAAACCAUAUGAGGAUUAUCAAUUGCGCCCCAACUUUGCAAUUGCUAUGGUCGCUGCUCCUGAGCUCUUCAACUACAAGCAUGCGAUAAAUGCAAUUGGAAUGGCGGAUAAGAUUAUUCGUGGUCCUGUUGGUAUGGCAACUCUAGAUCCUUCCGAUUUGAAUUAUAGGCCUUAUUACAAUAAUAGUGAGGACUCCAAUGAUUUUGCAACAUCCAAAGGCAGAAAUUAUCACCAAGGACCGGAAUGGGUUUGGUGCACUGGAUUCUUUUUGAGAGCGUUCCUAUUCUUCAAUAUUAAGAAAGAAUCAGAGGAGAAAGCUAUAUCGAUUGCGGAGGUUGACAAAACUGAAGUUUUUGCCCAGCUUCGUAAGAGAAUCUCGGGACACGUACAUUGGUUACACACCUCCCGCUGGAAAGGCUUGACAGAGUUGACCAAUAAAGACGGCCAAUUCUGCUACGACUCAUCGCCUACUCAAGCGUGGAGCGCAGCAACCUUGAUAGAGCUAUAUGAAGAUGCUCGGGCCCUGGCGGAAAAAUAG